UUCUUUAAUCUUAAUGUAAUGUCCGCGGGAAUGGGUGGGUUGGGGGUGAGACUGAGACUGAGACUGUGACUGAGGGGUCACAUGUUUGAUUUCAAUCCUGCUACCAUUACAUUACAUUAUAUACAAGAAUUUGUGGCGCGUGGGCCCUGCUGCCCAAGAAAUUUUGCCCAACCCAAACGUGGCUUACGCCACCAAUCCCGUUUGAAAUCGGAGGAAGAAAAGGCAGGCAAGGCAAGGCAGGCAUCGUGAUCUUUUAUUUUGGGCGGGGGGACUUUGCUUCUUCGACUCCCAAAUUCCGGAGAGAGGUCAGCUAGUUAAGCUUCUUCCUGUUGUAGAGUAGAGAUGAACGAACGGUAUUGCAGCAGCGAUAGCGAUGGGGGUAGGGAUGAGAAUUGAGGUAAGGCUUUUGAAAUUCCGUCCCGUCUGUAUGGAAAAUCGGUAAAGUUUUGCUUUCCCCUCUUUUGGGUUUCAUCCCUUCCCCAUGUGUUCUGACUGAGUUGGAAGAGUGUUGCGGCUUUAAUUUAAUUAAUUCGUGAAAUGGAGUUGUUGGUUUUUCCCUUUGCUUCGAUCGUGGACGUGGAUGGAUUGGCGUCCUUACCGUCCUUUCCUUUCAUUGAAUGCAUACAUAGAUAGGUAUACAUAUGAUGAGUUAUCUUCUCUUCACACUUGUGCUGCAUAGCAUUGAUUUAUUUAAUUUAUUUGCUUUUAAUGUUCUUAUUCCAAUUCGAUUCGGUUUCCCCUUUUGAUUAAUUACUAAAGCAAACUUGUGUUGUGUGGUUCGCUCAAAUUACUGCUUGCUGUGUUGUUGCUUGAUUUCAUCUCAGGUUAGACCGACUGAAAUGCAAUUUCAUUUCAUGUCAUUUCUAUCUCCAGAUUAGAUAUAAGUACAAAACAUAACAUUGGAUUGGGAGUUGGAUUAACCAAGGUUUGGUUUUCCAAUCAACGCAACGCAACUCAACUCAACACAACUCGCAUACGUCAUCAUUCAUUGCCUUUCAGUUGAGUAUGAAUGCGCACAGAGAUAGGCUUAGCAUAGACGAAGACAAUCAGGGUAAGGGGGAGAGGGAGCCUGGUGGUGUUCUAAGCCUGUGCCUGGAGUCCAGUCUCAGUCUCAGUCUCAUCUCCAGUACAUGCAGCAGCAGCAGCAGGAGCAAAUUAGAUCCCGAGCAGGGUUUGAUAUUGGAUGCUCGAGAGUUGGGCUUUAAGAGCAGUAGUAACCCCAAGUCGAUUACAACCUCAGACGAAAAGUAUGUCCUUGGAUGCCUUGAGUUGGUACGGGACUAUGCCUUGAGAGCUGAGGCUUGGACUCAUGCCUCCUCAAAAGCCCGCAUUUCGCCUGACACAGAUAUGGUUAGGUUAGCAAAGGAGUGCUCUCCGGGUAACUACUCUUCUGGUGAAUGGAGGAAUCUUGCUGGCAUGAUGAACAUCUUGAAAGGUCAACAGAUUGGCUCUGGCUCUGUCGAUGCCAAAUCUCAAUCCACAGAUUCACUUGAUGCCAGCGAAUCGGCCUCUUCUAAUAUUGCAAGAUUUGGACAAAACCCAGAGAAGGAACAUAAUGUGUCAAUGACAUUGCCGGUGCAGCAUCAUAGGAUUGUUUCUGUGUCGAGCACCAACUCCAACUCCAGCUUCUCUGACCUGUCAUCGUCGUCGCCGUAUUCUCCUGCAUCUGCAUUUCAGGGAAUGUUGCAGUGUACAUGGAGCAAUGGCUUAAUACGCCAUGUUUUCAGUGUAGAUGAUAAGCAGGAAGUCUAUAUGGCCGAGUUGCAAAAGGUGGAGUCUCCGGAUCCGGAUGAUAAGGCAUUGGAUUAUGUGUAUAGUUUCUAUUCCAGAGAAUUGCAUUCUGAUAGUCGUCGUCAGCAGCAGCAGCUCGUGGCUGUGAUGCGAGUGUCUACUGCAAUAUCAUUCUGCCCAGACUACUCAGAAUUGAGGGAGACUCAGUUUCUCUUGUCGGUUUCCAAUGAUAACACCGGCCAGAAGAAGUUGCAACUCUCAGACCGAACCUAUAGGAAGAACCAGAGAUUGAAUUGGGGGUCAUAUAAACAAAGUUCAUUUCCCAAAUUCCUGCGAUCAAGUGUUAUUCUUGAAGACAGUCCUUGGGAUCCACAUCCAUCUGAAGAAGAUAUUCAACAACCCCUCCAAGGCGUGAAUCAUCAACUGGCUGCCAUCAUUGUAAAGGACAUAUCCAACAACUGUCGGGAGUCAGACACCAGCGGCGGAUGGGGAUUGAGAUUCCUCAAAAAAUCAAAACCCGUGUCUGCUGAGAAAUGCCCGACGACAAGCAUCAACGUCGUAAUUCCUGCUGGUCUUCAUGGUGGACCAAAGCUGGCAGCUGGUAGUGGUCGUGGUAGUGGUGGCCCUUCAAGCCUCGUCGAGAGGUGGGUCUCAGGUGGAUGCUGCGACUGUGGUGGCUGGGACAUGGGCUGUCCGCUCACAAUCAUGACCGCUCAAUUAAGCGAGGAGUUAUUUCACACCAAUAGUACUACAGGGCAAUGCAAGUCAGUUGAUCUCUUCACCAAGGGCUCAAAAGUGGACGUUCCAGCAUUGAGAAUUGUGAAUAUCCAUGAUGAUCUGUUCUACAUCAAUUUCCAGUCGUCACUUUCUUCUCUGCAGUCUUUCGCAAUUGCUGCAGCGAUCAUUCAUUCACGUAGCCAUUUGCUACAAGUAUGAGGAAGGACAUGGCCAUGGGAUGGGAUGGGAGUAGAUACCGUACAGGUGUAGUAAAUAGGAUUAUAGGAGUGUAGAUUGUAUAUGCACACAACAGAACAGCACAGCUCAACUUCUUUCUAGAAAAAGUCGUGUAUAAAAUUCGGAUGAUAUUCUCGUACAUCGCCAUGAUCAGAACAGAUCGGAUCAGCUAUUCAUAAACAGAUACUUAAGUUUCGAAGUGAGUUAUACUAUACGCUAUGGCUAGAGUAGUGCACUACCUUGGCUUUGUAUUUCUAUUUCUAUUUAUAGACUUUCUUUAAAUAGCUUUGAAGCCUUCUCUACUGUUGCUAUA